UUAAAUUCUCAAUUUGCGGAGGAGGAGAUCGGGGGAAUCCAUUGGUGGCUCUUGAUGCUAAGAAGAGUUGUUGUGAAUCUGGAUUCUCUGAGUGCACAUGGAGAAGCAGCUUCUGGACAUUCAGCCUCGUGAACUCAAAUUUAUAUUUGAGCUGAAGAAGCAAAGCACGUGUACCAUCCGACUCGUGAAUCGUUCUCACCAAUAUGUCGCUUUUAAGGUCAAAACUACAUCUCCAAAGAAAUACUCUGUUCGACCAAUAGCUGGAAUUAUUGCCCCAGAAUCUUCAUGCAAGUUCAAUGUUAAAAUGCAAGCUCAACGUACUGCUCCCGCGGAUAUGAAAUGCAAAGACAAGUUCUUAAUCCAAGGAACCGUUGUUCCUCCUGGUACAACAGACGAGGACAUCACAUCUGCCAUGUUUGCAAAGGAUGAAGGCAGGUAUGUAGAAGAGAACAAACUCCGGGUGUCCCUCAUCAGUCCGCCUCAUUCACCAAACUUGUCACCAAUCAAUGGGACAUUUACGCUGGGUCUAAAUGAAGCUUCAGUUAAAAAAGAGGAAGAAUUGAGUGGAGUUGACUUCUUCUAUUCAGAGCCCAUGGUGGCUAAGCCUGUUGACUUCAUCAACAUAUUAAACAAUGGGGACUUGCAUGUGGAAAAGGAUGUAAAGUCAGAGGAGAAAAGGAACCUAGCAGAGGUGAUUGUGAUGAAAGCGGCAAAAGAUGUAAAGUCAGAGGAGAAAAAUAACUUAGAGGAGGAGAUUGUUGUAAAGACAGCAAAGGAUGUGAAGUUAGAGGAGGAAAAGAACUUACCAGAGGAGACUGUGAUGAAAGCAGCGAGGGAUGUGAAAUCCGAAGAGAGAGAAAGCUUGGCAGAGGAGAUUGUGAUGAAGGCAGCAAAGGAUGUGAAGUCAGACGAUAAAAACAACUUGGCGGAGGAGAUUGUGGUGGAGAAGGCAAAGGAUGUCGCGUCGCAGCCAUUUGUGACCACAAAUAUGGAGGAAGUGAGUUUAUCCAGAGAUGUGGAGGAGAUAAAGUCAAACUAAAUGAACUUGAAUCAAGACUCAGCGAGGCUCAAGCUACCAUUGCAACGCUUAUGGAAGACAGCAGAUCGAGCACUCAUGACAGAGUAUUUUUGAGAGAGGAACUAGUUAGCGGUGGUGAUGGAUCCUGAGAACGGAAUGGUAGCAAGUCAAAUGUAUCCGCUAUGAACUCGGGUUUUUUUCAGUGAUAUGUAAAUCGAUGACGAGCUUUCUGUGAUUGGUAACAGCUGUAAGCAGACAUAAUUGAUUGAGUUUCUACGCGACUCGAUUCAAUGAACAUCGAAAACCUCGAACUUUCAGUCGAGCAUAGCUUUA